AUGGCGAUGGCGAGCAGGGCCGCCGGGGUGGUGGCGCCGGCGCCGGCGGGGGACCCCAGCAGCCCGAGCGCGAGGGCGUGGGGCGGCGGCGAGGACGAGGCGGCGUCCGGUGCGGGGAAGGUGAAGCUGAUGUGCAGCUACGGGGGCCGGAUCGCGCCGCGGCCCGGGGACGGCGCGCUGCGGUACGUGGGCGGCCAGACGCGGCUCAUCUCCGUCCCGCGCGCCGCCUCCUUCGGGGAGCUCCUGCGGAAGGUGGAGGCGGUGGACGAGGCCUCGGCGUCCUCCGGCGGCGGGGUGCUCGUCAGGUACCAGCUCCCCGGGGAGGACCUCGACUCGCUCAUCUCCGUCUCCGGCCCGGAGGACUACGACAACAUGAUGGAGGAGUACGAGAAGCUGGCCGCCGCCGCGCCCGACGGCUCCGCCAAGCUCCGGCUCUUCCUCUUCCCGGCCUCCGGGUCCGGGACCGACGCGGCCGGCGGCUCCGGCUCCGGCUCCGGCGGCGGCUCGGGGCCCCACAACCUCGCUGCCGCCGCGGUGGACGAGUCCGGGCAGCGGUACAUCGACGCCAUCAACUGCGUCUCCGCGGAGGCCAUGGCCGCGGCCAUGCGGCGCAAGGACAGCGUCGCCAGUGCCGGUUCCUCCGCGCACAACUCCGAGGCAUCCGAGUAUAGCGGCCUGGUGGAAGGUAUGUCGCCGCGGGCGGUGCCGCCGCCUGCGUCCGUCGCUACUGAGUAUUCGUAUUCAGGUGGGGGCCAUUACCUUAGUGCUUUCCCGGAGUCGGUUGGGUUCGCUGCAGUCUCGGUGUCACCUUCGGCGAUGGGCAUCCCGGCUCAAAAUCCCAUCCUGGUUAGGACAGAGCCGUCAACGUUGCAGCCUCAUCAGGUUGCUGCUGCUGCUUAUGCAACACCGCAUCAGCCGCGUCAAGUAACCACUUAUGUGCAGCAGCAGCACCAGCAGCAGCCUCAACUCACCCAUUAUGUACCACACCAGCAGCCUCAGUCUGCUUCUUAUGUGCAGCAGAUGCCGCAGUCGUAUAUAGAGCCGCAGCAGGUACACUACAUCAACGCCCAACAAUUUGGUGUGCAUGGGGUGCCACAAUCUGUCAAUUAUGUGCCUGUGCAAAUGAGCCAAUUCAUGCCCAGCAUUCCUGCGACGGGUUCUAUGGCGACCACUGCUGCUCAAGUCGGUACGUUCAGGCCUGCUUCCGCUGGUGCAGAACCUGUUCUGGAGACCACGCAGUUCACAAGGCCAGUGCAAGCUCAGGUUGAUCAGAGUUACCGUGUGGUGCAGACUCCACUGUCGCAGCUUCCUCCUUUGUCUUCUGUGCAUCUGCAGACAAAUGAUGCGCAGAGGCAGAGAUUUGGUGUUCAACCAGCGAUGACAAGUGCAGUAAGCAUGCCAGUGGUGACCAGCUCAGGCACAAUUCCUGUGGUGAUUAGCUCGGCCACUGUUCCAUCGUUGAGGUAUGAUGAUUGCACAAUGUGCCAAAAAGCAUUGCCACAUGCCCAUUCGGAUAAUAUUAUCCGGGAGCAGGGAAAUUCUCGUGCAACGGGCAACCUUGAGGCAGCUCCAGUGUUUUACAGUCCGCAUCAAGACAGUGCAUCCAACAAAUCUAGUCCAGGUGCAAGCUCAGGAACACCCACGAACUAUCUGGCGGAACCAAGAGCUGGGAACACAGCAGUGAUAACACAAUUUGAUCCGACUCUUCCUGCCAGAAAACCUGCAGUCCAGGCAACUACAUCUCCAGAUACAGGUGUGCCGGUUCAACCCACCAUGAUUGCUUUACCAGUGUCUAGUGCACCUGCUUCAAAUGGAGUAUUUGUGGGUCAUUCUCCUCCGGCUGGGGCUGAAGAUCAUAUCAGGUACCAGCAGCAACCGUUCUCUUAUAGCAUGCAACCACCACAAGUUCCAGUGAAUGGCUCACAAGGCAUUGAUGCCAGUGCAUACAAGGAUUCAAAUCAUCCAGCAGCGGAACCGCUUAGAGAAUAUGCAGAUCUUCCUCAUGACUAUGCCAGAGCUAUUGAUGCACGAAUGCAAGCAGUUCCUUUGGGUCCUAUUGCACCACCAGAAUCUAGUGUGCAUGGAAAGCCUUCUAUUCCUCAUGGUGUCAUUGAUCAUGCCAAAGUUGGGAAGCCACCUGUAAAUAUUGAUGGUAGUUCUAUCUACAAAUCUCAAGCUGGAGGGUAUCAUAUGGGGAUUACAAAUGCCUUUACUGCUCCUUCUUUGACCCAAGAGGACAGCAUUGCCAGGCACAGUGAGCAGCCACCUUAUGCUUUUGAUGUUGGUGCACAAAAUGUCCAUCCUGACAUAAUCCAGCGACCACCCAAUCUGCCUGUCCAGAGCAACCUUAGAGUUCUGAUUGAACCACCUGUUUCUAAUGAAAAGUUUACUGUGCAACCACCUAACUCUGGUGCUCAGGUUCCUGCUGGGCCUCCCCUACAGCAUCCCAAGGAAAUGCCCAAUCACUUGGUUUCUGCUCCUCCCAAUGGAAGCAGUAAAUUUUCAUUGCAGGCUACUGUUGGAAUUGAUCCUGUUGAAGCUACACAAGAACCAGCUUACACAGAUUCACUUUUCUCAAAUCAGGAUCCUUGGAAAGCAGUGGGCAAUACUUCUUUAGUGCCUCCAAGACCAAGCAAGUUAACUAAGGAGCCUGUUGUUUCUGGAGGUCAAUAUACUGAUGGCCAUAUGCCUGAUAUGAACACACAUGCUGCCGUACUCUUUGAAGAAGACCCAAGUUUUAAGGAUAUCCACACAGUUAAAUUGAACAAAGGAUUUGGAGAAGAUAAUAUUAAGCGACAAUUACAAGCUGUUGCUGAAGGGGUAGCAGCAUCAGUUCUUCAGCCACCCUUUCCUGAAAAACCAGCUGCAUUCUCUGGGGAUCACAUUGAUUCACAUGGAGCAGUAGUUGAUGCUAAAGUUCAGGAUGAAGGGAAUAAUCAGUCAGACAAAACAAGCCAGGGGGUUCAAGUUUUAGAUGACAUCGAUAACCUUCAGAUAAUAAAGAACAGUGACCUUGAAGAAUUGCGUGAACUGGGUUCUGGAACCUUUGGUACUGUUUACCAUGGAAAGUGGAGGGGUUCGGAUGUUGCUAUAAAGAGAAUCAACGAUCGAUGUUUUGCUGGGAAGGCAUCUGAGCAAGAGCGUAUGAGGACUGAUUUCUGGAAUGAGGCAGGCAAGCUUGCAUCUUUGCACCAUCCAAACGUAGUAGCAUUCUACGGUGUUGUUCUAGAUGGACCUGGUGGAUCUGUUGCAACGGUAACGGAGUACAUGGCUAAUGGCUCACUCCGACAAGCAUUGCAAAGACAUGAGAAGAUCUUUGAUCGGCGUAGGUGUCUAUUAAUUGCCAUGGAUGUUGCAUUUGGAAUGGAAUAUCUCCAUGGGAAGAAUAUAGUGCAUUUCGACUUGAAGAGUGACAAUCUGCUUGUCAACCUAAGGGAUCCUCAACGGCCUAUAUGCAAGGUUGGUGAUUUGGCAUUAUCAAAGGUCAAAUGUCAGACUCUAAUCUCUGGUGGAGUAAGAGGAACACUUCCUUGGAUGGCCCCUGAGUUGUUGAAUGGCGGCAGCAGCCUUGUCUCUGAUAAGGUUGACGUUUUCUCGUUCGGCAUUGUGAUGUGGGAGCUACUUACGGGUGAAGAACCUUACGCUGAGCUGCACUAUGGUGCCAUUAUAGGUGGAAUCGUGAAUAACACGCUGCGACCUCCGGUGCCCGAGCCCUGUGAUCCCCAGUGGAGGUCACUGAUGGAGCAGUGCUGGUCAGCUGAACCCUCGGAGAGGCCGAGCUUCACCGAGGUCGGCAAGAGCCUGCGCGCCAUGGCGGCGGCUGCUCCUACCAAGGCACAACAACAAUCGAAAUAG